ACCUUGUUUUCACCAUCAUAGGGAUAGAGCGAUUAAAGUUUUUCAUCCUUUUGUAUACAAGGACAGUAUCCCUUAACAGAAACCAGAUUCCUCAAAUAAACCCAGGAUAUUUUUCGUUGAUAUUCGUCGUUUAAGUCAUUUAUUUAUCAUGAUGAGGGUUUGUUUAUUGGUCAUCGUGUUCUCUGUGAUGGUUUUAUUCGGCUUUACUCGCGGAGAGGAAAUGUUUACGGACCCCGAUGGCGCUAAGUGCAAAGUUCCAAAAGUUGAGCUGAAAAUGCUGAAACCAGGGAUUAACAUACAAACCAAAAGGAGAUCUGAGCGGACCACAGGCCAACCAAUGACGUUUGAAGUCUGGUACGAUGAGUCAGUCCUAAACUCAACAGAAAAAGACGUCGUCAUUAAUACUACUCAGCAAACUGUCGAAUUGAUAUCAAGACAACUCAGAGUGAAGGAAAGAUUAAAAAGCUUCAUUUUCCCGAGGUCGUGUGAAACUGGGACAUACAUCUUCAAUGGAGAAGUGUUUAACUGCACAUGUGGAAGUGCCACUUGUAGUUUAGCAACAUUACCUGAACAUCAUUUAAAUCCAUGUUUGAAUUGCCGACGAGAUGAGAACGGGACCGAGUACGACUGCGAGCCCGAACCAGGAGGACCAGAGGAGAGAGGAAUUAACGAUGUCCAUUUCGUGCUAUAUGUCACCUCUGUAAAUGCAUGUGCAGAAGGAGUUAUUGCAUUCGCCGGCCCAUGCUUUCUUGGUCUAACAUUCAAUAGACCAAUUGCAGGGUCAAUGAAUAUUUGUCCGGAUUCUCUCAGACAAUUCGCACCAGAAGUAAUUCAGCAAGUGGUUCAGCAUGAAAUCUACCAUGCAAUAGGUGUCAAUUCAGGUUUGUUUGCAUUUUUUAGAGAUGAAAAUGGGGACCCAUUAACACCCCUGCAGGAAAAUGGUUUUCCUGAAUUCGACAGUAGUGCUGGACACUUCAAAUGGAGUGAACGUGUCGCUCGAACUAUGUCUUUAGAUUGGGAUAUCCGUGGAGGGAAAACACAGCGGAACGUCACAAUCUUGGUUACCCCGAACAUAGUUCGGGAAGCUCGACAACAUUUUGGUUGCGACUCGAUUGAAGGUGUUGAACUUGAGGAUGAUGGCGAUGGAAGUGCUCUUAGCCAUUUUGAGGCUCGGAUAUUCACGACGGAAUCGAUGGCGCCGCAACUUACUGUUGGUCGGAAGUUUUCUAGAUUAACCUUGGCAUGGCUCGAAGAUACAGGGUGGUACGAAGUUGAUUAUGCCUAUGCUGACCCGUACACCUGGGGCCGUGGUCUUGGCUGUGGAUUUGUCAAUCAGAGUUGUAAAUGGUGGAUGGACACACAAAGAGAAAGAGGACUAUCUUUAGGUCCAUAUUGCGAGAAACAAUCUGAACUAAUGUGCAGCGUGGAUGGGGAUACUGCGGCUAUUUGUACGAACACAAUGCACAACGAAUCAUUGCCAGAACAAUAUCAGUAUUUUGAUUCCUUCCCUGGGGUAAAUGAGACGGACUUAGGAAAGAUUGGCGGUGCAUACAACAGCCUAGAACACUGUCCUGUAAUAUACCCUCUCAUUUCUUUACACACCAAUGAUUACAGGCGACAAACGUGUGACAAAGAUAUAAAUGAAUGUGACAGCAACCCUUGCAGCAAUGGAGCGACUUGCAUGGAUGUAAUCACAGGCUACUUCUGUGCUUGUCAUGCGGAAUAUGAAGGGCGCUACUGCGAAUACGGUAAAACAAUUUGCACCUCAUCUGAUCGAUGUGAGAGAAAUGAGGUUUGCAAAGACGGACGGUGUAGCUGUGGAUACGGUCGUAUCAGGACAGAGCAAGGUUGUCAAAUUCCCAGACGGUUUGAUAUGCGUUUUGAGCUGACUGAGAUCAACGGGUCACCUGUGAAAUACCUUGACUUCCUUAACACUAGCAUUGGAGUGAUAACGGAAGAACUACAAUAUGCGAUUUACCAUCGAUUAUCAAGGUGGGAAAUAUUUGUCAACUCUGUCGUAAGCGUGGACAUCAAAUCAUUUUUGAACGGGAAUUCCGUAGUGGAGGCUGACAUCGUUCUUGACCCGAACAGUACAUCGAAUGACGUCAUGAUUUAUGAACUGAUGACAGAUAGUAACUAUUUUGCCGCCAAAGACCUGUCGGUUGGAAACUCAUCUUUCACAGUGAAUGUUACUUCUAUUGCUGUUCAAGAUUUGGAUGAAUGCAAUGAGACAGAACACUCCGCUUGCUCUGUCUAUUCUGCCUGCAACAACUCGGUUGGUUCCUAUCAGUGCUCCUGUCUUCCAGGAUUUAUAGAUCAAGGAGACUCCAUAGAUGGACCAGGAACGCUCUGCAUCGAUAUCGAUGAGUGCAGCGAUUCGUCAUUAAAUGAUUGCUCUCCGUUUGCUGAAUGCACCAACACACCCGGUGGAUACGACUGCGUUUGCCUAUCUGGGUAUACAGACUCUACCCAGAGUGAUGGACGGAUAUGUGACGAUAUCAACGAGUGCCUUUCACAGCCAUGCUUUAAUGACGGUACGUGUAGGAACUUCAAAGAUAUGUUUACCUGUGAGUGUGCUACGGGCUACGAAGGACAGUACUGUGAAACGAUGAUGGCGUCCUGUGAGAAUGACGACCAGUGCUUCACAGUAGGCCAUGAGAUUUGUAGUACUUCCGGGUUAUGUACUUGCAGACUUGGAUACCUCAAAAUGAAUGGAGUUUGCCAAGCAAUUGGAACUUACAAAGGGUCACUGCGUUUUCUAUCUAUCAACGGAUCGCCUUUGCUUUACACUUCUGCUCUGGCUGAUCCUUCGAGGGAAGGGUUUCAACAACUAGCUCAACAGCUUCGAGGCACGCUCCUGUCAGCAAUUUCGAAUAUAUUGGACGUAUCCUUUACAUCGUUUCGUGCCGGAAGCGUCAUCGCAGAGUUUGACCUUGUCGCCGCGGUUGGUUCCACUCAGGCUGCGGUUAUAACCGCCGUUACGGGAGGUCUUGGGAGCGGGACGAUUUUAGCUGGUCAAAAUAUAAUCAGUGUUGACCCUAGUAGCAUGCGGAUAGAUGAUCAAAAUGAAUGCAACUCUGCCGACCAGAAUGACUGCUCAUCCUUGGCAACGUGCAUCAACGACCCCGGGUCAUUCUCUUGCACCUGUCUCCAAGGCUUCAUAGACAUCUCACCUGCUGGUGCAGGCUCUGGAAGGUUGUGUGAAAGAGAUCAUGUUGAUGUAACAAAUUCCGAAUCCAUCACCAUCAUUAUAUCCAUCGUUAUUGGUGUCCUGGUUGUACUUUUCAUUGGAAUGAUACUCUUGUUCGUCUGCUGUAUCGUAUCUACGAGUAAAUUGAAAAAGGCCGAAAUACCGAAAAUUCACAAUGAUGUCCACAAUGAUAUCGUCGUAUACUCCACUCCAGAAAGCCAAAAUCCUCCUCCUGAACAGAACAGUUUAGCUCUGGUAAAAUACACGCGUGAAGAUGAUAACCACAUGGUUACGUCGGAAGAGCCUCAGCCAUUGAGCUUGGUAGCGGUUAGGGAACAUGGAACGGGAUUGGACACACAACCUAAACAUAACCAUAGAACUCCAAUACAGGAUAUUCCGAACGCCGUGUACCGAUUUGAGGAACCACUAAACCAGAAUUUCCAUCUCAUGCGCGACAUAGAGCUUGGUCACUUUGGAUAUCCAGGUCGUCAACGUAGGAACCUCGCAUAUCCAGACAACUAUUUCUCUUUGGAAUUCCCUGGUCGUCAUCGAAUAGGUCCGCAUUAUCCCGAUCGCAGUCGACUGGCCCUGCAAAAUCCCGAUCACAGUCGACUAGCCCUGCAGUAUCCCGAUCGCCAUCGUUUAGCCCUUCAAUAUUCUAGUCAUCAACAUCCAUUGGAUUAUCGUAUGGCUUUAGAGUACCCACUACCCAACCCGUUCGCCACAUUACCUCCUAGAGAACAUCGCGACAAAUAUGAUGACAGGAGGCGUCACCAAAUGUAUCGUCGUCAGCUCAUGUUAGAAGACGGUCAUAACUUCCCAAGCCUGCCUAGGAUUGGUAACCACUACUUUUGAUGAGGAUACAUUUAAAAUAAUUCAAGUCGAUCAUCAGUUUUGUCUUCUGUACGGGUCUGUCAACUUUAGUUUAGAUGUCAAGAGUAAGCGUAUUCUGCUAAGCAAUGUGCAUCAUUAUUGGUGAAUUUACUGUAAUUGGUCUAUAUAAAUAUGUAUUAGUUUUUUUAUAAUCUUACUUGAUCUGAUUUUUUUUGUCUACAACGCAAUUGUUUAGUAACCGUUGCCGCCGAGCAAAGGUUCGUCAUUCCCGAUUUGGCUAUGUUUCUUUCGUGCAGUCGGUGCCCACUUAGACAUAUACCACCGUGACCAGUAGCGUACCUAGGAUUUUCCACAGGGGGGGGGGGGCUAAACCGUCCGCCAAAAAAAUUGACAAGCCAAAAAAAAAU